CUUGCGUAACCUAAAGCAGAUGAAGAAAAACCGAACAUGGGAAAAAAAAAGUUUGAGUGAGGUGCUUUGUGCUGCCCAGAUUAUCACAGCGGUAGCCUUAGAUAGAGAUCAUUCCUCUGAAGUGCUGCCUGAGUCAGGAAUUGUGCACGCCCUGUGUCAAUCGGUGCACCCUCAAGCUCCUUCAGGUGACUUUCUGAUGGCGACGGAGUGUUCGCGUCUUCUUUGUGUUGAGACUUAAUGCCUGGAUAUCUUUUUUUCGAGGAUGAGUGAAUUUGCUCGAUUCUCAGACUGAAAACCCUGUGUGUGUGUUCUAAGAGUUUGUUUUGAACCAGAAUUUUAAAGCUACGUGUUUUCACUUGCAGAACAGACCGGCCUGGACAUGUUGCUCAAACAAUGUAUGUUAGGGGUGUUCAUCCCAUUUUUUACACUAACAUGUGCGUUUUGAAAUCGAGCAGGAUUUUCAACGUGGCAGAUAAUGUGUCUGGAAUAAACACGACAGUGCAUGGACAGUGCAAAGUAGUCUUCAUGGAAGCUCGACAUGACGGUCUGUGCGGCAGCCGCUCUCGUUCUAUUGGCCCUGCUCCUGAGUUAUCUAGCAUCAUCUGAAGGUGCUUUGUCUCCUCCACUCAACCUGAGUGUAGAGUUGCUGGACUUCAAGGCGUUGGCUCACUGGCUUCCUGGACCAAGGAACCCAAAAGGAACCAGAUAUUCCCUCGAGUUUAUAGACAUUGAACAUUUCACAGUGUCAUCCUGGUAUCAGGCAGGAGGUUGCACAAACAUCACCUCAACACAAUGCUAUCUGAUGAUCAACCGGCGAAUUCAGAAAGAGUAUUUUGUUAGAGUUGUGGCAGAAUGGAAUGAAGAGAGGUCGGAAUGGGCGUGCCUUCCACGUAGCUUCCAGCCAUAUGAAGACACAAUUCUGAGUGCUCCAAAUUUGACCGUGUCUGCCGAACAACAUUCCAUAUCGAUUUCUCUCAGCCAUCCAGUCCAGGAACUUGCAGAAGUACAGAUGAGGUUCUCAGUUGACCUUUUUCAAAUGCUCUCUAACAACAUGGCAGAGCAUAUUGCAGUGAAUAUAACUACAAGGUCGUCCCACUUUAUGAACCUGCCGUUUGGGAACUACUGCAUCAAUGCUUCUGCCUUUCUUACAGCGAGGUCCAAAGGCAACACCAAUGCCACCAUGUGUGUUUUUCUACACCAGGAACACAAAGAAGGAAAAGUAUGGGUGGUAAUUAUGGGUGUCCUUCUACUGCUGUCCAUUCCUGCUGUGAUUGGUUUGAUUUUUAUUUACUACUACGUGAAGCCAUUUAAGAAUAGCUACAAGCCCAGUGCUCUGCAUAUUCAAGAAGGAACUGGAAUGGUCUGGACACUGAACUUUGAGAACGUCCCUACCCUUCUGAAUCCACUGAUGUUCACAGAUGACUGUGAGGCGAGAUCAGAUGAGAACUUAUCUCAAGGCUAUUAUGGAAGAGUGGUUUGGCAUGUAUCUGAUGAUGUGAUCGAGUCUAGUAACUCUUCCGGAAUCAUGGAUGAAGCAGAUCAGGAUGUGCCUCCAGUCUGGGAUUUGUAUAGCACAGCUGCGAAGAUGGAGGACACUGACGAAUGUCCAACACAGACGGAACGUCAUGAUUGUGGCUUGACACAAAGAAGCUUGUUCUCAGGUUUAAGUUUACCAAGUGGCCAAAACACGGAGAUUGAAGAUACUUUAGACUUGGACCUAGGCAUGUUCGAUGAAAACUCCUGGUCCUUUUAUGCUUGUUCAGAGCAAAAAGACUCAUCUGAAGGAGAAACCGACAGUCUGUGUUCUGAAUUCAUUUUCAAAAGCAACUAUGAGCCCAGACCUGACCCAUGCUGGAGGAUCAAUUUGGGUCACAACGUUAAACAAUGAAGUAUAAUAUUCAACUCAAACAUGGUGCUUUUUUUUUUUUUUGCUCAUAGUCAAGGUGUGGAUGAACAGAACAUUUUGACAACCAACACAGGUGCAAAACAAUUCAAAUUUGACAGUCUGUCAGUCACUUUUGAUUGACUGAGCUUUUAAUGAGUUAUAUACAGAAGUAACUUGGCUACAGGCGUGGUGUUAAUGAGUGUAAUAAAUUACGCUCAUCAUAACAGUACGUAUUUCAUGCACGCGGAAGUAAUUUCAGGCCAAUAUACCACUUUUAACUCGAGGCUAGUCAACAGGUUUACAGUUCUCAUCAUGGCCUAAAUGUUUUAGUGCUUUUCUCACACUAAACACACCCAAAUCAACUCAGGAAAAACUAAGGAAGUUAAUUUGCUGAUUAGGAAAAAACACUAAAGUCCAGGACAAGUGUUGUUUCUUGACCAGGAUUUGGUACAUGGCUAGAAUUACGUAAAUGUAUCUUACGUUUUUAUAUGAUGUAUUUUAGGACUUUUUCAUAUACAAAAAAUUUGGGAGUGUGAACGUAUGUACAAAAGCUACAUGAGUAAUAGCUCCUUGUUGUGGAGCAUUUUGAGCCUGAUAAACGUGAGUGAGAGUGAAUUCCAAAAGCAUAUCCACGAGGUGCUAAAUGUUUAUAAUGGAGUGUGUGUGUGUGUAGGGAGAAAAAAAAAUCUUAAAAUGCUAUUUUUUUUUUGUUUGAUGUAACACAGUGCUAUGAAGUGUCAAUGAUUUUAAUCAGCUACUACCUCUGUUUGAAAUGUUUCUGCUGUGAUGUGUGAAGCAUGAGAAAAAAACCAAAAAAACCUCAGACAGACAUGAAAGACUUUUAAUCAACAUUUUCAUAAUAAAUGUGUCAUUUUGAAGGAAAUAAAUAUGCAUGAGUGCCAUGCUAGUGUAAA